AUGAUCCUGUUAUGGGUUACACUGCUUGUUCUUCAUCAAGGAUAUUCGCUAGUUCCAGUUACCACAGUUAGACUUGGUGAACCUGCAACCUUCACGUGUGCUCUCCAUUAUAAGAAGAUUGGCCGUCCACACCUCGACUGGUACAAGCAGAGGGCCGGGGAAACUCUGAAAUUAAUUGUGACAAAGCGUGAAUCUUCAAAACCUGAGUAUGCACCAGAGUUUUCUGAAUCAAGAUUGGAAAUAAAAAAUGAUAACAAUUUUAGCAACUUGACCAUUCUGAGGACAAUCCAAGAAGAUGAGGGAAUGUAUCACUGUGCAUCCACGGAGCUGUAUACAAGUCCUGUAUGGAGUGGAACAUAUUUGUUAAUAAAAGGAAACACUCAGAGGACAUCAAACUACACUGUUGUUCAGUGGCUGACAGUAUCAGAUCCAGUCCGUCCAGGAGACUCUGUGACUCUCCAGUGUUCAGUCCUCUCCGACUCUGGGAACAAGACGUGUCCAGGAGAUGACAGUGUGUUCUGGUUCAGAGCCAGAUCAAAUAAAUCUUAUCCGGACAUCAUCUACACUGAUGGAAGAAGACAUAAUGAAUGUGACAAGAGAUCUGACACUCAAGACACUCAACACAAGAGUUGUGUUUAUCGCUUCUCUAAGAACAUCAGCUCCUCUGAUGCCGGGACUUACUACUGUGCUGUGGCCACGUGUGGGGAGAUAUUAUUUGGAGAUGGAACUAAACUACAAAUCGAGCGAACAGCAAGUGUUGAAUUUAUUGCACUGGUGAUAGCAACAGUCUGCUUGGUCAUUUCUAUGACUGGAAACAUUGUUUUCAUCUGUUACCGAACUUCAACACCAGUAUGUUCACAAUUUAAAGGAAUAGAAAGUGCCUCUUCCAAAGCAAGACAUGACAACUCAAGACAAUCAGUACAUGAUAAUCCUGAAGAUGGAUUUGAUCUGAACUACGCUGCGUUGCAUUUCUCUGGAAAAAAACCUACAAGAGAAAGGAAGAAGACAGAGUUGAAAACUGAAGAAAGUGUGUACUCUCAAGUUAAAUGCUGAAUGUGAAUGUGUCUAUAAAAUCGUAAAGGUUGGUUUAGAGUACUGACCUCUUACAAUGAUGAUCAUUUUAAACGUCUAACCUUUUUGAGAGUGAGGUGUUUUUUUAAAUCAUAGCAUUUACCAUUAUUUGAUCCUUGCAUCA